GCACAACCUGCUGUUUGCAGAUAUAAACACUCUUUUCGUAAAGACUUCUUCUCUUUUUUCUCUUUUUUUUUUGUGUUCUUGAAUACAUUUUUCAUGAGAUCAAUAGGGCCCCUCAAAAUUCUAAAUCGGUUAUCAGACCUGUUUCAUUAUACAGAACCAAAACGCAAGAAAGCCACUGAUUGUAACGACAAAAGCUCUUCUGAGCCUUUAGACAAACAACUGUUCAGUACUACAGCACCGCAAAAGACCACAAACAUGAGAAAACGACUCAGACAAAGUGUAAGAUCCAUCAUUGUUACCAAACGUUCAAGUCUGCCUGGAUGGUUUUAUUCUUCACAUAAAAAAAACUCAGGCACAUUGCAAAGCGCCGCCAUGUCCCCCUUGGAUUUUAAUAACCGGGACUCAAUGGAGAGCAGUUGCAUCCAUCUCAGCAGCCCCUACAUUUUAUAUCGACUAGGGUGGAAGAAAAGAGAGCCUAAAGAAGAGCAUUUUGAUGAUGAAAAGGUAGAGAUAGUGAUUUCAAAUUCGAUCAGUUCUUUCUUGUCAUUUUCAACAGAUGGGUUUCAACAUUUUCGGUUUUCUUCCACCUUGUUACCAAAUCAAUCAUCAUCCUCUUAUCGGCAAAACAAAGGUUGCUCUUCAAUCUAUACCACAUUUACUUCAGUAAAUGAUACUGAUUCUCUAAAAACUAUGCCAAGCGAGCAAUAUCGACAAGAAUCUUGGGCAAGCAGUCAGCAAUCAAAAGAAAUUGAUGAUAGAUUAACACUAGCAAAUCUAGUUGACGCUUUUCUAAGUGAUGCCAUUUCAAUUGCUGACAAAGAGCUAUUGCAAGAACAAAGCAAUCAAGAACAGCAUCGAAAACCAUGUGUACAUACUGUUAAACCUUAAAAAUGAUAAUACUAUACAAUUCUUUUUUUUCUAAAAACAAU